GGUUAGUUAGCAGCAGUGUGUGGUGGCGUGCGGCUGUCUCACCCAGGUGAUCGUGUUGCUCCUGUACUCCUGCAAGAUACCUUCCUCACACACCUGCCUCACCGUGUGUAACGAGCAUUCAGCAGAGUUAUCAGUGAGGAGAGAAUUGUCAAGGGAACACUUGGAGCAUGCAGUGAACUUGAUCAACCUUCCUGUUAGCGUUGGCAUCAGGAGCUAAGACAAAUCUCGUCAAGCAAUUCCUUCCAUUACUUCAAGAUGUCUAGUAACUUGACGUUCCUGAGUCUCCUGUCCUUAAUGGUGGGGUAUACCUUUGCUACUGACGGUAGCAGAGAGGGAAGACAGAUAUUCAUGCAGAUGACGACGUACGUAUUCCGAGAGAGCGGCAGAUACCAGCUGUGUGAGCUGGACGGCACUGUGGGAGCUUGUAUGAACCAAGUGGAGUGUUCCAGACAGCGAGGACUGUUCGCCGGGUACUGUGGCUAUACUGAUGACUACUGCUGUUUUGUGGACAAGACUUGUGGGGGCAGAACGAGUGCCCACCACGCUUACUUCAGGAAUCCAUCCUACCCCAAGAAUGACACAUUAGCCAGGAGCUGCAACUUCGAAAUUGAGAUCAGAAAGAAGGUGUGCGCCGUCAGGCUAGACUUCAAUAAGUUUGAGCUGGCGAAAUAUGACGACAGUGUGUGUAUCAGAGACACGUUCACUGUUCUGGGCACCAGUUUGAACGAGACCACAACACCUGUGUGUGGCAAUAUGACCAACUGGGCAACAACGUUUGCUGUAAAGGAGAAGAGUGUGGUGACGCUGGCCAUGGUACUGCAGGGUAUACCAGCUUAUUUGUUCUCCAUCAGCAUCACUCAACUGGCCUGUCAGGACAUUGUCCCCUUCCACUCACCAACGGUGGCUGGAGUGAUGAAUCCUGACGCUAAGAAGUACAUCCCCACCACAACCACUGAGAAACCUGACCCCACGACCACUGAUCCCACCACUGACGACACCACCAUCACCACUGACGACACCACCAUCACCACGGAGAUGAUGGAAGAUAUGACCACUGUCAGCAGCAUAGCCGUUGAGAGAGAGGUGGUUUCUCCAGAUCAUGAGGAACCCGUUCCCACCACACUCAAGCCAGGAAAGCUGCCAACACCGUCUACUGAAGGGGUGUUGAUACGCGCGAUUUCACAUCCAGAAUCUGUGGAAGAGGAAGGAGAUGAGCUUGAAAGUGACGAGGAAGAAGAGGAAGAGGAGGGAAUAUACCUGGAGAAUUACGAAGUUACCCCUCCAAUAUCAGCCUUCAAGCAAGCAUUUGAGCUCAAAGUAAAUGACAAGUGUUGGCAGUAUGAAGAAGAAGCAGACACCGGCUUCAGAAUUAUUGGCGGCGGCUACACAAGGUUAAAUGAGUUCCCCUGGCAGGUGGCGCUGGUGUACAGAAACAAAUUUUUCUGUGGAGGCUCACUCAUCAGUGACAGACACAUCCUCACUGCUGGACACUGUGUGUUCGGGAGCUUCUCAAGGGGAAUAGACCUGUUGAGGGUGAGUCUGGGGGACCACGACCUGGCUACCCGCAACGAGACCAAGAAUAUCGUCGCUAAGGUCAAGACGGUCCACUGGCACCUUCACUACAACCCACACACCACCGUCAAUGACAUAGCCCUCAUGGAGCUGGACGAACCUAUAGACUUCUCCUACAGCAUCAGUGCCGUCAAGUUACCCAGCGACCUAGAUGAGCGGUACGAUCUAGCGAACGCUACAGUUAGUGGGUGGGGACGGUACUCCAGCAAGGUGAAGAAAACCAGCAGCGUCUUGAAGAAGUUUACAGGACCUCUGAUGAAUACUACUAAAUGUGUGGCGGCCUGGAACAAGUUCCCAGGCGUCAAAGCUCUUUAUGACAAACAUGUGUGUCUUGACAUCACUAUGGGGACUCCAUGUCACGGUGACUCCGGCGGGCCACUGGUGGUGUGUUCUGGGGUGCAAUGUACACAAGUUGGUGUGGUCAGUUUUGGCUUCCCUCUCUGUAUCAACGUAGGUCUACCCACUGUCUUCACUCGUAUCACCAACUACAAGUCGUGGAUUGACAUGAAUCUUCUCCAGUUGAAUUAUGUUUGAGCUGUUAUUGAUGGAGGAGCUACAGUGGAGGAGAAUAAACGGGUAAAAUAAUAGAGAAAAAAGCAGAAUAGUUUUUCGUGAUUGAUCUGCUAGGCUUCUGAUGCUUAGCAAAAUUUAAAUUCGUUUAAUUAAUAAAUAUAAUAGCGACGAUAUUAUUAUACACACAAAAAAGUGCUCCUAAUCCGUGUGGGUCAUUCAGGGGUUACAGUACAGGCGAGAAAAUUAUAUGCAGAAAUAAUUCACAAGUAACUCAGACUUGGCAGAGGAUUUUUUAGACAACGUUUCGCUCUCUACUGGACAGAAACGUUCUUUGAAGGUUUCUCUGCCAAGUCUGGAUUAUUUGUGAAAUGUCGGUGAAGUGACAAACCCGUGUAGGUCAGGCGGUGGUGGAGGCUCGAUCCUCCGUACAGUAAUCUGGAAGCAGACUCCGUGCUUCCAGCCAGACUUUUCUCUGAGAAUCCUGUAACAAUCAUGAACUAUACUGUUCAUCUUUGAUGUGCAAUAGUUAUACCCCUAUUAUUAUUGUUACUCCUCUCAUCAUAUCAAACUCAAGCAGGAUACAACAUGAACUGCCAAAUAUUCGGGCAUUAUAAACUAUUUUUAAGUUUUGCAACAGUCUAAAUAAACGUGUUUGAACAGUCUUGGACCUGACAUUAAAAUUACCUUAUUCAUAAUUAUACCUAAUUUUUUUUUCCACUGAUGGAUGUUCAUAUUUUGGAUCAUCUGUCACUGAUGUGGAGAAAUAAUGGUGUCUGUCGGGAGUACAACACAAGUAUAUCACUCACAUGUGUCUUUAUUACUCAAACCUAUGUAAUCAUUCAAUAAAACGAAAAAAAAAAUGCGGCCCUAUAGAUUUCUACUU